AACACAUUUGCUUGGGUUUCUCUUACAUUUCUUUCCUCUUUCACGCCCGGCUAAUUCACAACGAAACACCAAAAUAGCUUCACAACUCCAAACACAGAAAGAGAGAGAAAAAUGGCUUCUCUAACUCCAGGAAUCCUCCUAAAACUCCUUCAGUCCAUGAACUCCAACACCAGAGUCACCGGGGACCACCGCCAUGCUCUUCUCCAAGUAAUUGGAAUUGUUCCUGCCCUUGCCGGCUCAGAUCUUUGGCCUAACCACGGAUUCUACGUCCAGCUCUCCGAUUCUCUCAACUCUACCUAUGUUUCCCUCUCCGAACGCGAUACCGAUCUCAUUCUCUCCAAUCGCCUCCAGCUCGGUCAAUUUGUGUAUAUAGAACGCUUUGAAUUCGAUUCUCCGGUCCCUAGGCUUUGUGGAGUCCGUCCUAUUGCCGGCCGUCAUCCCUUUGUAGGGACACCGGAACCACUAAUUGCUCGCAUUUCGGCUUCAAAGAAAGAAUUUGUGAUUCAACCAGUGGACGAUUCAGAAUACUCCGUUGAUCCAAUUGCGGUGUACUUAGCGAACCAGAAAUGCGAGGACUUGUCUAGAAAUGAGAAUAAGGAAGUGAAGAGUGAUAAUAGAAUUGAAAAAGGUAUUAAAACGACGAGGCAACCUCUUGCUCCUCGGGAUGAUGGAAAUGUUGGCAAUUUAGAUGAACCUAAACGAUCAAAUAAAGUACCGCAGAGGUUUUCUUCGCCUGCUGGAUCAAAGAGAUCAUUGUCUACAGGGAAGAAACAAGUGGCUGUGACAGAAAGGGAUCCUUCUCCUGCAGUAAAAGGAAAGAGAUCGGCUUCACCGGUCCCUUCGAAAUGUGUGGUUCCAAGCUUGGCAGCUGCUAAGGAGGAAAACAGGAAGGUAGCAAGGGAACCAGCAAUUAUAGUUCCAUCAAGGUAUAGGCAACCAUCGCCGAGUAGAAAGCAGGCUUCUCCAAGUACAAGAAGAGCUUCUCUGUCUCCUGGACGGAGGCUGUCUGGAGUGAAAGUGUCGCCUGUUGUGGCAGAUUCUGCUGGAAAGAAGAAGAUGGCAACGAUUGCUGCUGGGAUUUCAAAAGUUUCAGAAGCUCUUGUUGGGUCUGCAAAGAGUAGUAGGAAGAGCUGGGAUGAGACUCCGCCUGCGAUGGGUUCAGGAGAGCAGAGAGAGAAGAUUGAUGUGAGGAAAAAACCAGAUCUGCAAGCAAUUUUACGGACGCAGGCUGCCUUGUCAAGGCGUCUAAGUGAUGCAAACAGUCGACUACCCGGUCAUGAUGAUGAUUCUUCAAGCAAUGAGUCAAUAAAGUGUAGUUCACCAGAAGUUUGUCUGGACAAAAAGAAGCCAACUUGUGCAGCUUUGGGAUUCACUGUACAUGAGAAGAAAUGGACUGAUGGCAGUAUUCCAUUGGAUAAUGUGUCUGCAAACCUCGCAAAGCUUGGAAAGGAGGCGAUGCAAAGGAGCGCUCUUGCUUCUACAGCUGCUGCUGAAGCUUUAGAGGAGGCCAUUGCUACCGAGUCUAUUGUAAGGAGUUUAAGUAUAUUUUCGGAACUUUCUUCUGUAUCAAAGGCUGGCAAUCCUUUACCAACCAUAGAUCGAUUUUUCUCAAUUUAUGAUGACACUGUGAAAUAUACUGUGAUUGCUGAAUCAGUUGCUGCUAGUCACUCUUCAGAUUCUGCAACCAUCCCAACUGAGCAAUCAAAAUCUGCUUCUCUAUGGGUUGAAGCUGCUUUAGCUACAGAUCUUGAGAUUGUUUCUCUACUGAACCGUGAGAAUAAUAAUAAAAAUAAUCCUCCAACCACUCUGCCAAAAAGUCUAUCCAAGCGACAACCGCUAAAGGCUAGUUCACCUGCAGUUCCAGAAUCUAUUGUUGGAGUUUGGACAAGAGGCAAUGGAAUGAAGGGAACAGUAGAACUUGCAAUGAAGUUGCAGUCCGAGAUGCAAGUUUGGUUUGUAAAGUUUGUUGAGGAGUCUCUUGAUGCAGGUUUUCGAGCAUUGGGGAGGUGUACUUCGGAUGGAGGUAAACAGUUACCUCUAAACUCCGGCUCUGUUGCAGCUAUCUUAUCUCAACUGAAGAGAGUAAAUGAUUGGUUGGACCGUGUGGUAUCAAAUGGAGAUGGACCUUUAGCAGAGAAGAUUGAGAAGCUUAAGAGGAAGAUUUAUGGAUUUGUCAUUCAGCAUGUUGGAACAACCUACGAUAACUCCUCUCAGGUUGUUUCAUCUUAACGUGAGAUACCUUCUUUUUCUCCAAUUUUAUUUUGUUUUUUCUGAGAUACUCCAGUUAGAGAAUUUCUGCCUUGUUUAAAAUUUAGUUAAACAAGAUAUGCUUUCAUAAGUCAUAUACCAGUUUGUUUGCAUGAUUAUUCACUUAUUGUGAUGUUAGAAAGUAAUUAUUUGUAGAUUCUUUAUGAAGAUUAUAGUUCGAAGUUUCCUUUUUGUUUUCUUA